AUGUUGGCUCUUCGAGACCAAGAGAACUUGAUAAACACCCACCAGACCGCCGCGGCCGCCAAGCCCUUGAAUCAAAGCAAGCAGCUGGCACCCAAGACUCCAGGCAAAGGACCGCUCAAGGUACCGUUGAACGAUGAAAACAAUGCCAUAGUGUUUGGAAAGGGCACCGGCAAGGCCAAGGAGAAUGGAAAGCCAGGCAAGGACGCGUUUGUUACUCCGAUGGUGAAGAACCGCCCUCCUCUGGGUGCUAAAACAACCAAUCUCAAAACCAAGAACAACCAGACGCCUGCUCCAUUCGGUACAAUCAAGACAAACAGAAGACAGUCGACUGCCCAGAAAAAGAAGGCCGCUCCAGUGGUACACCAAGCCCAACCCAAGGUCCACAGGGGCUCUACUGUUGAUGAUAUUCCCGAUAUUGAAUAUAUGCCCCCUAAGCCCAGAGAUCUCCCGGAUCUUCCAGAUGACAUAACAUACGAUACAACAUUCCCUCAAUUUCGACCCAAAAACAGGGCCUUGGGCUUGGAGAGUGUGUACGGCAAGCAGCAAGUCGGCAGUGAUGGACUAACAGCGAAGCAACGCAAGUUCAAGGAGGAUUCAGCCAAGUGUGACAAGAUGGUGGAUGAGAUGAUUCUGAAGCAACUCGAGGGGGUUAGUUUCGAAGGCUCGGGCGAGAGUGAGCCCGCAAAGGCAACUGGGCCGCAGACCACGCGCUCGAAGGCACCUUUUACUACCCGACACAGUCGCAAUAUCUCUUCCCUUCGAUCUCGCGAGGCAGCUGCUGCCCUUGCAGCACCUCAGCCAACUGCGGCUCCUCGGGUGGCCCCGGCCCCUAAGCCACGUUUGGGACUGGGAUCGUCCCUGCUCAUGCCUAAGAGACAGACCAGAGCCCCGACCAAUCCCUCUUCCAUGCGCAACACUGCUGCUGCCGUCAACUCCAAUACCACUGUUGGAUAUUCCAAGGGUAGGAGUGUUUCGUCCACCAUUCGAGAGAAGAAUGCCGAGGCACAAAAGACCUCAAGCUCCGAGGCUUUGUCUCCUGAAACCUACAUGCAGCUGUACGGACCGCCUCCGCUGGACUCGGAUAUGUGGACUCGCUGCAAAGCUGCUGGAUGCUUUGACACCCCGGAGGAGACUUUCCAGGAACUCGAAUCACUGCCGACUUUCGACGAGGAUGAGGAGGCCCAGAGCUUCCAGCUCACUCUGUAG